GUGGCCACGCCUGCUUUGGCAAGUGUAGUGAGCAUAGUGGGUAGUGGUAACAGCAGUGGUAGCAGGGCCCUCCCUCUGUCUCUGCAGAUAAAUAUUCGCAGCCUGUCUAUGCCAGGCAUGGAUGACGGUUGCACUCAGACAUGGCACUGCGACAUUAUACUCUCGACUUCAACCUCUCUAUGGCAGCUGACUCUGCUUCGACAGUACCUGGCCUACUGUCCAUAUUUCAUGAGCAGGAAAUGACAGAGACUGUCCAUGAUACAAACGGGCAUGGAUACCUUGCUACUUUUGUAGGCAAGAAUGGCCGGCUUGUUAUUCUGCGUGUGCACUCCCAUGGGUUGGUCACCAUUGAUCUGCAGUGUUACGAAGAGGACAACAUUGCACAACUAGACAAUCUUUUAAAUGCACUGGAAAAGAAGCUAAAGGUUCUCUUAAAUGGCAAUAUUACCCGGGUUAAGAGGCUCCCAGCCCUCGUACGAGGGGCAAAAGUUGACCGAUACUGGCCCACAGCUGACGGCAGACUGAUUGAGUAUGACAUUGACCGGGUGGUGUACGAAGAAGAUUCUGCAUACCAAAACAUAAAAAUAUUGCACUCACAGCAGUUUGGAAACAUUCUAGUACUCAAUGGAGAUGUUAACCUGGCAGAGAGCGAUCUGGCCUACACCCAAGCCAUCAUAGGUAGCGGAAAAGAGAAUUAUGCUGGAAAAGAGGUGCUGAUAUUAGGAGGAGGUGAUGGAGGCAUCCUUGCUGAGGUGGUCAAACAAAAGCCAAAGAUGAUCACCAUGGUGGAGAUUGACCAGAAGGUGAUAGAUGGGUGCAAAAUGCACAUGAGAAAAACCUGCGGCAAUAUCCUUGACAACCUGAAGGGUGACUGUUACCAAAUACUAGUUGAGGACUGUGUCCCCGUGCUGAGGAAGUAUGUCCGGGAAGGACGGACGUUCGAUUACGUAAUUAAUGACCUCACUGCAGUUCCAAUAUCCACGGAGCCAGAAGAAGACUCAACAUGGGAGUUCCUGCGUCUCAUUUUAGAUCUGUCAAUUAAAGUCCUGCACCCCAGUGGGAAAUAUUUCACACAGGGUAACAGCGUGAAUCUGACAGAGGCACUGAGUCUGUAUGAAGAACAGCUGGGAAAGCUCUCUUGUCCUGUGGGCUUCUCCAAAGAGGUGGUGUGUGUGCCCUCCUACUUGGAGCUCUGGGUUUUCUACACCAUAUGGAAGAAGUGAAGACCUCCAGUUUUCUCUGCUUGAAUCCCCAGCAGCUGGAAUGUGAAAGCUUCCACUUCUUGUGCUUCUGCUGUAGCCUUAAGGGUGUGCUUAGACUGAACAUAACAUGAAAAUUACAGGCAACGUGAAAAGUACAGGUAACACAAACAAGUCUAAGUAGUUCAUACUUACACAGACACACUCCACACAUGCAGACAGACACACACGGCAGUCUAUGCCUAUUAUCUGUGAGCUACAGCUGUGGCUACAUCUGCACUGUAAUUGGCUGUUUUGGGUAAUAAGCAUGGAUUGCUAAACACUCCAGCAGUCAAGUUGGUGUGAAUAAAUCAAGAUUUAAAUUCACUUUACAUUCAGUCUGAACACAUCCGAAGGGGUACAAUGACAGGUUUAUUAUCCCCUAUCUAUUGACCCCAUUCUACCCUAAUCUUCCUUCUCUUACUUCUUUUUUUGGUUGUGUUUUACCAUUGUUUACUACAACUUAUAAGUUGUAUUUCAUUUGUGUUACUUGAUCUGGAAUGUCAGUUUGCAUGUACUCUGAAGGAUCUGUUAGAUGUUGAAACACUGAUUUGAUACACUGAUAAUGUGGUGUAACUCAUCCAACAACAAGUGUGUGUUCUCUCUUGUUUUCUUUAGUUUUUUUUUUUUUUUUUUUUUUUUCUUGAGUUACAAGCUCAAAUCGUGUGAUAGGCCAAUCUAUAGACUCAGCCCGGCUGAACUGAGUCACUUUAAGCUCUGUUUUUGUUACCGCCGCUCAAAUGUGAUUUGAUUCUUUCAGGUUGUAUCAAGGCAAUGUGAUCAUGCCCAGUGAGACUGAAGUGUUGAAGUCCAAAUGUGUUUUAAAAGGGAAACAAUUCCACCACUUUAAUGCCACCUCUGUGCUUGUGCUGUUUUUAUGUCAUGUUUUAUUAGCACCUUGGUUUCUCCUGAUAUAUUUUAAGUUUUUUAAGACUGUAUUAGGUGCAUGUAAAGGACAGUGAAUGUAGCUUGCAUAUACAGUACAAAGCACGUUUAUGCGUGAUCAACCCUGUGGGACUCAAUUACAUUUAUUUAUUCUAUAUAAUUUCACCAAAUGCUGUUCUGUCCCACUUGAGAUAAUUUUUUGACCAUCUACAAUUAAAAUGUUUAGGGGGGAAAA